UACCUGUCAAAAUUUUGAAUCUAUAAACACUGAAGGCAAAUCUAUCAAUUUUUCAGAAAAUUGGCUUAGUGGAGUAGGAAGUAGCAAGGGCGUUUUGUUUUGGUCCUCUCAAAUUGCUAGAUAGAACUUCACAAAGGGUACAUGAGAGCCAUGAGAUGACUGAAAUAAGUUGUGGAAUUUAAAAGGUGGACAUUUUUUUUUUACAAUGUUAGGAGUCAUUUCCCCAUAGUCAGCCAUGAGUAUGGUAAGACCCAUUAGUUCCUGGCUUGUUAGUGAACAGGAGAUGGCAGACACUCUCUUGGCUGCACAGCAAGUAACUGCAAAGGGGAAUGACAUACACCAGCUUGAAUAUAAUGGGGAAGCUAAGAAAAAGGUUGUUUAGUUAUUGUAGUUCUAGGAAGGGAAGAGAUUUCUGGCCUCUUAAAGAUUCCUGCUCCCAAGAUCAUUUUAUUUCUGUUUAAUUUUUCAGACUUUAUUCCUGGUAUCAAUAGGUUAAAAAAGAAUUUUCCCAAGUACUGAUUUAUAGAUAAUAUUUAUAAGUGGCACACAAUACUUUCCAUUUUACAAGCAGUAACAUUCAUUGAUCCCUUUAAAUGCUAUAAGCUAAGUGCAGUGAUGAUUUCAUGUAACACAGUUAAAUGCACACAAAAUCUGUAUAUUGUGAACUACAAAAGUGGUGUCCAUAGCCACAUACAGUUUUAGACAAGGAUGCAUUUUCACACUGAAUAGUACUAACAAAUACGUUAACAAAGCAAUACUUGCUUAGUACCAAAUGCUUUUUCUUUCACCAACUUUUAAAGCAAUACCAUUCCAACUACUACUAAAAGCAUUUAGUUUUAGAAUCUUUAAUCUGAUCUAGCAAAAUUAAUUCUCCAAAAACUUGACAAAUAGUAUGGAUAAGCCCCAAAGCUUUUAAAUUUAAAAAGGCUUCCAGAGGCUGGGCACAAUGGCUCACACCUUUAUUCCCAGCACUUUGGGAGACCAAGGCAGGUGGAUCACUUGAGUCAAGGAGUUUCAGAGAAGACCAACCUGGGCAGCGUGGCAAAACCCCAUCUCUACAAAAAAAGACAAAAAUUAGCCAUGUGUGGCAGCACAUGCCUGUAGUCCCAGCUCCUUGAGAGGCUGAGGCAGCAGAGGUUGCAGUAAGCUGAGAUCCCACCACUGUACUCCAGCUUGGGUGACAGAAUGAGACUCUGUCUCAAAGAAAUAAGUUUUCCACCACUGAAGCCUUCACAUGAAACUUAGUUUCUCCAAAAAAAAACCCAACUUGCUAUCUGAAGAAAAGAAUAUUAAAACAAUUACCUUUUAAUACAAAUAUUCUUAAAAGAUACUUUUUCUAUAUCUACUCAAGAGAAACAUAAAACAGCUCGCUGUCUUUAAUAAUUAAUGUUGUCUAGAAACUAAAGAAUACAUGACACAGCUGUGUCUCAGGCUAUGGUGAGUCAAAGGUACCAUUUGGAUUUCACAUAUUAAACAGCUGUAGUAUAGCUUACGGUGGCACAAAGACUCAACACAAAUAUUGUGUUGUUUCAUCAUGUAGGUAGUCAAAAGUCAGAAGGAACUGUGCAGUUUGCAAGGUCCUUCAUUCAUCUUCAUUAAAACUGAAUAAUUCAAGUAUGGUAAUAUAAAUGCAGGUGUUAACAUCUCAAAUGACAUUCUAAAAUUGAAAAUACAAAAUCUUUGUUUCUUCAUCUUUCAUUUACAUGGUUAGAUAUCAGGACCUUACUGUAGAAAAUAUUUAGUUACUAUAUAUGGUUGUCCCAGAAAAUAAUGGAGCUUCAGAAAGUACAAAAAAUGUCAAAAUCCACAGUUGACUUUGUCAAAUGCUUUUCUAGCUUAUUUCAAUUAUUCGUUCAUAGUAACCAAGUCUUUUAACCCUAGCAAACUUUCUUGGGUCCUUUCAAAUUAAGAAGACGGUUUCUUCAACUUGUACUUGAUCUGGUCUUCCAAUUAGCAUUGGAAGUUCAUCAUUUCAUUGAUGAACUCUGUAAGAAGAUCUUCAAGAAUAUCCACUGGCUCAGUGUAAGGAUUCUGAUAAUCCCCAAACCCAUACAUCAGACAUCAUAAUUAUUUAGGAAACAGUCUCUUUCUUUUACCAGAUCUGCCUUCUACUCCUUCAUUUUCUUCCUCAGAUAUGUGAUUUUCUGCCCUGUUUUCUCAAGGUCAUUUUUGUCCUUCUAGUCUGUCCUUGAUGUCCUGCCAGUAUUACUCAGAUCUGGAGUCAGUUGGAUGGCUCUAGUGCCAGGUUUGGGACAGAAUGGUUACAGUACUAAAGAUUCUCCAAAUCACUGCUCACAGAGACUGCAGCUGGUGCUGGUGUCAUGAUAGAAGCAGAAGAAUCACAGCCUAAAAGGAUAUCUGUGGCACUCUCUCCAUGGUUAGAAUUGGAACAGCUGGUGAGGCAACGUCCUUGGAGGAUGGAGGGGAAGAGUAACUUGCCUCCAGAUGGGGUUGGAAAUAAAUUGAGGCCUCCAAUACAGUCUCUUGCAGUCCUGAGCUUAGAAACAUCUCUUCCUCCUCCUCAUCAUUAUCUCUUUCUCUCUUUUAGAGAAGGGCCUCGCUAUGUUGCCAAGGCUGGAGUGCAGUGACCAUUCACAGGCAUAGUCAUAACACACUAUAGUCCCAGUUCCUGGGCUCAUGUAGUCCUCCUGCCUCAGCCUCCUGGGUAGCUGGGACUACAGGUGUGUGCCACUGCACAUGGCUGAAACACAUCAUUCCUUGGUUGUAAUGUUCCCAUUACUCAACUUGAUGGUCUUCCUUUCCUUAAAGCCCAAAUCCAACUUGGGAUGAAUGUUCAUUUCCAAAGAUCCUUUGGGCAUCUCAGAUACCUGUUUUAUCCAGUUAAGGUGAUUUUUCAGGAAGAUAGCAAAGUCAAAGGCAUCACCCUCAUCUACGAAGCCAAUGCCGAUGAAAGCACUAUGCCUGUGCACUGUCAUCCUAGAACCACAUUACAAAGUAGAAGCUAUAAUCUCCUCAGCAGUGUCAGCAUAUUGUUCUACUGGUGCUUGAGCAAAGAGCUCUCCUGAUAUUUUAUGCUGAAUUGACAUAGGCAGUCUUCCUUUGGAAGAAUGCUCCACAUUCCAGCCUGUAGCCGUUGUUGGAGGCCUGGGGCAGAAUCUAGUAGACCCUGACACUGGCUAGUGCAGGAUAGGCUUGUACUGUGCCUUGGACCGCCAUCUUGGCUCUACCCUUGGUGCCCUCCCAGAUGAUGCUGGGAGUAAAUUGAAGCCUCUAGUCCAGUCUCUUGCAGUUCUGAGCUUAGAAACAUCUCCUCCUCAUCAUCAUCAUCUCUUACUCUCUUUUAGAGAAAGGCCUUGCUAUGUUGCUAAGGCUGGAGUGCAGUGGCCAUUCACAGGCACUCUAGGUUCUUUCUUGCUUGCUUGAUUUUUCCUUAUAAUUUAUUUUUUAGAAUAUUUCUCAAAAUCUGGAUUUUCUUGAAAUGCAUCCUCAUGGUGUUAGUAAGUUCCUCUGUCUUCUCCACUUUCUAUAAAUUGUUAGUUGGGUUUAGAGCAGUGAUUUCCUGACUAACAGCAGCAGCAUUACCUAGGAAUUCUAGGAAAUGCUAAUUCCUACUGACCCCAGAGAGGCUGGCUGUAAAGGUCACCAUCUUGUUGAGACCUAACAUCUCAAUUCUGUGAUGUCACCCAUUGAAAGAGAUCAAAACAGUUGGGGUGGAGAGGGGUGAAAAUAUUGGAUGAGGUAGUGGUUGGUCUCAUGAUGGGAUGGCAUGCUUGUUAUUUCUGUUUUUAUUUCAUAUCAAUGAAAAUUUGGGGUUUGGCCUAAGAUGGAAUGCAAAGAAAAAAAAAGGAAUGGUGAACUUACGGUUAAACAGUUAACUUAGCUGAUGUAAUGUACUUCAAAAACUACAUCAUUACUAAUGGUCUAGUGUUCCCUUCCCUUUGCAGAGACAUGAGGAGAAAAGUUUGUUCCCCCCCAAUGCUUAGGCUACUAUUUUACCCUUUCUAGAAGACAAGGGAGUUCAGAUAGGGCAUACUGUCCUCCCUCAGAGAUUGGAGUUUUAGUUACCUAUAUAUUUGACAUUCAAAGGCCCUUGGUUUGGAAAGAUCCUUGGUUGGGCCCUCUAGCUGCAGCCAUGGCUAGUCAGUAUUUCAUAGAGAAUGCAAGCCAGGCUUGCUUUGCCAGAAAAGACUCUUCUGACUCCUUUGUAAAAAGCAAAGGAUAGACUGUAUGCAUUUGACGAUGUAGAACUGAAAACCUAGAAAGAAACCCUUAGAAACAAAUGAUAAAACAUGACCACAUCAUUUUACAAAGUUUUUAUACAUUUUUUUGUUGUGUUUUGAGACAGAGUCUCAUGCUGUCACCCAGGCUAGAAUGCAAUGGUGUGAUCUCGGCUAACUGCAACCUCAGCCUCCCCAGUUCACGUAAUUCUCCUGCCUCAGCCUCCCAAAUAGCCAGGAUUACAGGCAUGCACCACCAUACCCAGCUAAUUUUUUGUAUUUUUAGUAGAGACAGGGUUUCGCUGUUGACUAGACUGGUGUCGAACUCCUUGCCUUGUGAUUCACCAACCUUGGCCUUCCAAAGUACUGGGAUUACAGGCAUGAGCCACUAUGCCCAGCCAGUUUUUAUCCAUACUAACAUGAUGAUAUUGGAAAUUCAUUUUUCAAUGGAAAAAAAUGCUCCCUAUUUUGGAAAGUAGGUAGUUGGGCUCCUGUUUUAAAUGAAGACAUGUUACCUGAAAAAUUAACAUGCCUGUGUAAGUUCAGUGAGGUGGCAAGGGCAGAAGGUGAAGAAGGGUGAAGAGACCAGAAUGUAUCCAUUUCACUACCAGUGGACAUUUGGGUUGCUUCCAAGUUUAGGUACCUCCAAACCAUGCUAUAUAAAUAUCCUUCCUUGUUCAUGUGCCCUGGCACACAUGUGCAAAAGUUUCUGUAAGUAGUUAAAUUGCUUGGUCAUUCCUUAUGAAUACUUUCAUCUUUAUUAAAUAUUGCCACAUUGUUUUUGCAGAGUGGCUGUACCGGUUUACAGCCCCAUCAGCAGGAUGGGUCUCCUUGGCUGGAUUCCAGUCUGCCUCUUUUGGGAGGAGGGUGUACCAGGGAGAGAAAUAAGGCUGGCGAGGAAUGAGGAAGCCAGGCAGGAGAAGGCUGUUAGUGCCAAUCCAAGGAGUUCAGACUGUAUUUGACUGCAUUGAGAAGCCACUGGAACAGGGAACAAAAGGCAAAACAAGGUUUUGGGAAGGCAUCCCAGGAUUUGGAAUUCAGCUGUGAGCUCAUGAGUUGAGGGAUGUUUCCAGGAAUACCCUGAAGACCACCCAGAGUGCUGACACCAUCGCAGUAUGUUCCUUUCUCAACCCUGGACACAGUUCAAAAGCAGCUAAAGCAGACAAGAAUCUGGGACAGCCAGUAUCGUACCACCUGCCAAAGCUUGGGACAAACAAUCUGCAAGCCAAAAAUUACACAUACUGGGGAGCGUCCCUCCCCCCACCUUGGUCACAUGGCUGGCCGCCACUGAGCCUCAGAAGUCAAUCUCCAAUGCCCCAAAUACCGUUCAGCCUGGAAACCACAGAGAGCCCUCCUUGCCACCCAACAGGAACAGAGCAAGUGUUUCUGGCCUCCCUGGGAUUUGGAUCCUGGUUCCCAGAGCUAAGAACACGAAGUCAUGAAGGUGAAGGAGGAGAAGGCUGGGGUAGGAAAGCUGGAUCCCACUAACCACAGGAGGAGAUUUCCGGAUCAGAAAGAAUACCCUCCUAUCCACAUUGGGCUUCCAGUACCCAGUUACCCUCAAAGAAAAACUGACCAGAAGGGACAUCUUUUAGGCCUGCAAAAAGUCCACUGGGGCCUGCGGCCAGACAAACUACAGCAGGAACUGACUGGCCCCGGAAGUGGGGCAAGCAGCCGGGACAGCAGCGUGGAUCUUAUCAGCAGGACUCGGUCCCCAGCUGCUGAGCAGCUCCAGGACAUCCUGGGGGAGGAAGAUGAGGCUCCCAACCCCACCCUCUUCACAGAGAUGGACACUCUGCAGCAUGAUGGAGACCAGAUGGAGUGGAAGGAGUCAGCCAGGUGGAUAAAGUUUGAAGAAAAGGUAGAGGAAGGCGGCGAACGCUGGAGCAAGCCCCACGUGUCCACACUCUCCCUGCACAGCCUCUUCGAGCUCCGUACCUGCCUGCAGACGGGGACAGUGCUGCUGGAUUUGGACAGUGGCUCCUUACCACAGAUCAUAGAUGAUGUCAUUGAGAAGCAGAUUGAGGAUGGUCUCCUGCGGCCAGAGCUCCGGGAGAGGGUCAGUUACGUCCUCCUGAGGAGGCACCGUCACCAAACCAAGAAGCCCAUCCACCGCUCCUUAGUCGACAUUGGGAAGUCAGUCUCUACCACAAAUCGCAGUCCUGGCCGGAGCCCUGGUGCUGGCCCGACUCUACACCACUCCACGGAGGACCUGCGGAUGCAGCAGAGUGCAAAUUAUGGACGUCUGUGUCAUGCCCAGAGCAGAAGCAUGAAUGACAUUUCUCUCACCCCAAACACAGACCAGCGGAAAAACAAAUUCAUGAAGAAGAUCCCCAAGGACUCAGAAGCCUCCAACGUGCUCGUGGGCGAGGUAGACUUCCUAGACCAGCCAUUCAUCGCGUUCGUGCGCCUCAUCCAGUCAGCCAUGCUGGGAGGAGUGACAGAGGUGCCUGUCCCCACCAGAUUUCUGUUUAUACUGCUGGGACCUUCUGGGAGAGCAAAAUCCUACAAUGAAAUUGGCCGUGCCAUUGCAACCCUCAUGGUAGAUGAUCUCUUCAGCGACGUGGCCUACAAAGCCCGAAAUCGGGAAGAUCUGAUCGCAGGAAUUGAUGAAUUUCUGGAUGAGGUCAUCGUCCUUCCUCCUGGAGAAUGGGACCCAAAUAUCCGAAUUGAGCCCCCCAAGAAGGUGCCCUCUGCUGACAAGAGGAAAUCUGUGUUCUCCCUAGCAGAGCUGGGCCAGAUGAAUGGCUCUGUGGGAGGAGGUGGCGGAGCUGCUGGAGGAGGCAACGGAGGUGGUGGUGGUGGCGGCGGGGCCAGCGGUGGUGGUGGGGCCGGCGGAACGAGCAGCGGGGAUGAUGGAGAGAUGCCAGCUGUGCACGAAAUCGGGGAGGAGCUUAUCUGGACAGGAAGGUUCUUCGGUGGCCUGUGUCUGGAUAUCAAGAGGAAGUUGCCCUGGUUCCCAAGUGACUUCUAUGAUGGCUUCCACAUUCAGUCCAUCUCUGCCAUCCUAUUCAUCUACCUCGGCUGUAUCACCAACGCGAUCACCUUUGGUGGGCUUCUGGGGGAUGCUACCGACAAUUAUCAGGGAGUGAUGGAGAGCUUCCUGGGCACUGCCAUGGCUGGCUCCUUGUUCUGCCUCUUCUCGGGACAGCCUCUCAUCAUUCUCAGCAGCACGGGACCCAUCCUCAUCUUUGAGAAACUCCUCUUCGACUUCAGCAAAGGCAAUGGCCUGGACUACAUGGAGUUCCGCCUCUGGAUUGGCCUACACUCAGCUGUCCAGUGCCUUAUCCUAGUGGCCACAGAUGCCAGCUUUAUCAUCAAAUAUAUCACCCGCUUCACUGAGGAGGGCUUCUCCACCCUCAUCAGCUUCAUCUUCAUCUAUGAUGCCAUCAAGAAGAUGAUCGGUGCCUUCAAGUACUAUCCCAUCAAUGUGGACUUCAAGCCAAACUUCAUCACCACCUACAAGUGCGAGUGCGUCGCGCCUGACACAGUGAAUACAACCGUGUUCAAUGCUUCAGCCCCACUGGCACCAGACACCAAUGCUUCUCUGUACAACCCCCUUAACCUCACAGCGCUGGACUGGUCCCUACUGAGCAAGAAAGAGUGUCUGAGCUAUGGCGGGCGCCUGCUUGGGAACUCCUGCAAGUUUAUCCCAGACCUGGCGCUCAUGUCUUUCAUCCUUUUCUUUGGGACAUACUCCAUGACCCUGACCCUGAAGAAGUUCAAAUUCAGCCGCUAUUUUCCUACCAAGGUCCGGGCCCUGGUGGCUGACUUUUCCAUUGUUUUCUCCAUCCUGAUGUUCUGUGGAAUUGAUGCCUGUUUCGGCCUGGAAACCCCCAAGCUGCAUGUGCCCAGUGUCAUCAAGCCUACACGGCCUGACCGAGGCUGGUUCGUGGCCCCCUUUGGAAAGAACCCGUGGUGGGUAUACCCAGCGAGCAUCCUGCCCGCCCUGCUGGUGACCAUCCUGAUCUUCAUGGACCAGCAGAUCACUGCCGUCAUUGUCAACCGGAAGGAGAACAAGCUGAAGAAGGCAGCUGGCUACCAUCUGGACCUGUUCUGGGUGGGCAUCCUCAUGGCCUUAUGCUCCUUUAUGGGGCUCCCCUGGUAUGUGGCUGCCACGGUCAUCUCCAUUGCCCACAUCGACAGCCUCAAGAUGGAGACGGAGACCAGCGCCCCUGGGGAGCAGCCCCAGUUCCUGGGAGUCAGGGAACAGAGAGUGACCGGCAUCAUCGUCUUCAUCCUGACAGGAAUCUCUGUCUUCCUGGCUCCCAUCCUGAAGUGCAUCCCCCUGCCAGUGCUGUACGGAGUCUUCCUCUACAUGGGCGUGGCCUCCCUGAAUGGCAUCCAGUUCUGGGAACGCUGCAAGCUCUUCCUGAUGCCGGCCAAGCACCAGCCAGACCACGCUUUCCUGCGACAUGUGCCACUGCGCCGGAUCCACCUCUUCACCCUGGUGCAGAUCCUCUGCCUGGCCGUGCUCUGGAUCCUGAAGUCCACAGUGGCUGCCAUCAUCUUCCCGGUCAUGAUCCUGGGCCUCAUCAUUGUUCGAAGGCUUCUGGAUUUCAUUUUUUCCCAGCACGACCUGGCCUGGAUUGACAACAUCCUCCCAGAGAAGGAAAAAAAGGAGACAGACAAGAAGAGGAAGAGAAAGAAAGGAGCCCACGAGGACUGCGAUGAGGAGGAAAAAGAUCUUCCAGUUGGAGUUACUCACUCUGAUUCUUCCUUCAGUGACACAGAACUUGAUCGAAGCAUCACCUUGCACUUCAAAAUCUCCUGUCCAGCUUCACCUGCUUUCAACUACUCACGGAACCCAGUGUUCAUGGUGCCACAGGUGAAGAUAGAGAUGGAGUCAGACUAUGACUUCACAGACAUGGACAAAUACCGAAGAGAAACUGACAGCGAGACCACCCUCUAGGAUGAAGCAGCUUCAACAGGACUGGAGAUGGAGGGCCUGGUUUAGUCUUAAUUGGGAGGGUCUGAACUUAUCUGUGCCUGUUUCCUUCUUUAUCAAACAGAGAGAGUCCUGCCUAAUAGAAAACUGGAGAUCUGUUGAUCGAAGUACUGCUUAGAUGCAAAGCUCUCCCCUUCCUUUUGUAGUAAUGAAAAUACCUAAAGCUAAAUAUUAUAUUUUAUUUUAAAAUGCAGUCGGCAUAGAAAUUCUAACACUAAGAUAAAGGGGUUAGUCAAUUCAUAAUUUAAAACAAAUAUCAAUUAAAAAUUUUUUAAAAGUUAGAUUUAAAUGUAGAUGUUCUCGAACUUGUAAUAUACUGUUACUAGACCAUCUUCGGAAUAUUUGGCAAUUUUGCAUAUUAAGAAAUGCUGAAAAGAUCCUAUCUUUUCUGUCACAUCCAAUUUCCUAAGGGUUGUAUGAAAAGUUUGAACCGGCUGGGUGUGGUGUCUCACGCCUGUAAUCCUAGCACUUUGGGAAGCCAAGGUGGGCGGAUCACAAGGUCAAGACAUCAAGACCAUCCUGACCAAUAUGGUAAAACCCCGUCUCUACUAAAAUACAAAAAAUUAGCUGGCAGUGGCAGCCCGUGUCUGUAGUCCCAGCUACUCAGGAGGCUGAUGAAGGAGAAUCACUUGAACCUGGGAGGCAGAAAUUGCAGUGAGCCAAGAUCACGCUACUGUACUCCAGCCUGGGCAACAGAGUGAGACUCCAUCUCCAAAAAACAAAGUUUGAAUCAUCUGCAUUAUGGGCCUUGCUCCAGAAGUGUGACUGGGGCUUUCCCAGAUUGAAAAGCCAGUUCCAAAACUCUGUUAAUGACAGAACCAAUGCAUUUGAAUGGAUAAAUGUUUCUGAAAUAAAACAGUUCUUUUAAAGUGAAAUUUGAAA